UCCCUUCAAAUCUAGUAAGUGACAAACAAAUUAGGGAGAUUUGAAGGGAUAUUAGGGAUUUACUUACUCCCAAAUCCUAAGCCGUUAUGAAAUUGAGAUACCAUACCAGAUUUGGCGGAUACACUCCCAGCCUCUCCUCUACGAUAUAACACCCACAUCAUUCUCAGAUCAAAACAACCAAACAAAAAAAUGAAAAAAAAAUAAAAAUGGAUUUUCACAGAUCAAAACCUCAAGGUCAGAGACCACCAUUCUCUGUGCUAGAAGGUGAAGGCUCCUUCUUCCGCAAGAUCCUGUCAAGAGAGCCAUCCAUUGGCAACUCCAAUGGCUACUACCUGUAUCGCAGCCCCGGCCAGAUCCCAUUCCAAUGGGAAAGGCAGCCUGGAAAAUGCAAAUUCGACCCGCCGAAGGAGGUCCCCGUCGACAUCCCGAGGAUCAAUCCCCCUCCGAUCUCGGCCUCCAGGAGCAUGGAACUGCCGUCCAGGCUGAACCACGGAUGCGCCGGCCCCAAAGGGUCAUCUCCGAGCUGGUUAAAGAUGAGAUUUUGGAGGAAGAUCAAGAACAAGAAGCCCCAGUUGACGAUGCCCCCCAGAUCCAAGAACCAAGCGAGGGGCUCCGAUGCUAUGAGUGAAUGCGGUUUAAGCGGGUUGUCUUGCGCUUCUAGCGACGAUAACUUCAUGUCAUCUUCUAGCAACUCGAGUUCUUCGUCGUCAGCGUCGUCCUCGUCGGCCUCGUCCCUGUCCUUGGCGAUCAUCAAACUUGGCAAAAGGACAUAAGGAUUGGCCUUUUUAAUGAGCAUGUAGGUGUUCUUCCUUUCUUUGUCGGACGUGUCUAUGGGUGGCAUGCGCCGGCGUUGGUGCCGCCAAGACAAGUCAUGUAGUAAUCGUAGAGCUAUAAACUUUUGAUGAAGAUCGAGGGAAACGCAGCAAUUUUCUUUUAUUUGCACUACGUUGGUGAUGAU